CCGCCGCGGCCGGCAACGCCGCCGCCGCCGCCGCACUGGUCUCCGCCUGCCUCGGCAGGGCGCGCUCCCGUUGCUCACGGCAGGCGCGCUUCGCCUCCCAGCUGCAGCAAGCGGACGCGUGUCUCUCCGCACUCGUCCCCACGUCCUACAGGGGCCACAGGCUGCUGCUAGUCUCUGCACUUACCACCACUCUCACGUGCCACUUACUGGACGCGCUUUUGAUUGCAUUGUUUGCCGACGACUACACACCACUCGAACUAUACUUCACUUACUUCGCUGUGGAACUGUUGUCGAUCGAAUUUAUCUGCUUUGUGUCGUUAACUGGAUCGGCUUUCAAGAAAAUAAAUUUAGCGCUCGCGCUACUGUCUACCGCUACUCGAGAGUCGUUCCUCGACGGCACGUCCGACGCAAUCGCACACAGGAUUACUUCUUGCGAAAUGACCGAGCAGAAUGAAGCCCGACUCGCGAGCACCAUUUCCGAGGCAUACGUAGGGCUCUCGCAGCUGGCAGAUUCACUGGACAAAACGUACGCGUCUUGGAACGCGUUAUCGACCAUGGAUGUGACGCUGUCUGUCGUAGCGAUCAUAUUUUUCUUCGUAUCCUCUGUCGCCACAUCACCGCCAGCGUUCUCUCCUGCCGUAUUGGUCACCAUCGGCUCCAGGCUGGCGCGCACAGUCGUCAGGUUCUCGAGCACGUGCCUGGUGUGCCAGGUGACCAGCAGCGAGGCGAACCACGCGGCUCACCUGGUGCAGCGGGUGCUGGCGCGCCGCUUGCUUGGCGCCCGCGCAAGCGCAGACCGGGCCUCGGCGGCGCUGCGGCUCUUGGGCGACUACAUCGGCGCCAGGAGGCUGGCGUUCAGCGCACGCGGCCUCUUCCCCCUCGACGGCAGCACGGUGUGCGCACUUUUCGGUACCGUCUUCACCUACACCAUCGUCAUGAUGCAGUUCGACUCAUUCGAAGAAGAGCGCACUGACGACGGAACGACGUAAACUGGCCGAUUCGAUUUUAUCCGUAGUCUGCAAGCCACUGUAAAGUGCGCAGCAGAGGGUAUUUAUCAUAGUGACAAGUAUUAAAGGUUCUUACUACAUCGUCA